AUCAUCACGAUGAUUCCGGCGGCCACGCUCAUUUUGCUGCUGUUCCAGCUCUGCAUCUCGGCGGCGGCGGCCCAGGUCACAGGAGGUGCGGGGCCGCCGCCGGCGAGCUGCCCGACGAGCUGCGGCGGCGUGAGCGUGCCGUACCCGUUCGGCAUCGGCCAAGGGUGCUCCUGGCCGGGCUUCAACCUCACCUGCAACCGGGCGCGCGGCCGAGAGCGGCUGCUCAUCGGCACCCUCGAGGUCGUGGACAUCUCGCUGGCCAACUCGACGGUUCGCGUCAUGGACAGCGCGGGCGCCGUGAACAUCACCUACCACGGGACCCCGGAGGGCAACGGCACGUGGGGUGGCCUCGCCGGCGGCCCGUUCGUGGUGUCGGAGACGCGCAAUCAGUUCCUCGUGACCGGGUGCAACGUGCAGGCCACGCUGCUCGGGGAGGCGGGCAACGUCAUCGUUGGCUGCUCCGCCUUCUGCGCCGUCAACGACCGCUGGUCCAGCGCCGCCACGAGCUCGCUCCAGGAGGUCGCCAAGUGCGCCGGCAUCGGCUGCUGCGAGACGCCCAUCCCCAUCGGCCGUCCGUCCUACGGCGUCGAGUUCAAGUGGGUGGACCCCAACCACGAGAAGGACGGCGAGCUGCCCGCCUCCGUGCGCAUCGCCGAGAGGGGCUGGUUCGAGGGCGUCUCCGCCGCGCUCCUCAACACGUCGCUCGCCGACGCGUCGAGCCGGACGGCGGUCCCCGUGGUGCUAGAGUGGGCGGUGGAGUCCAGGCCGCUCCCGCAGCCGCAGGAUACGCUGGGCACGUCGGGCUGCCCGGAGGACGCGGCGAGGAGCGCGUGCCGGAGCAGCCUCAGCUCAUGCCUCAACGUCACCGGCAACUACCGCACUGGCUACGUGUGCCGGUGCGAGGCCGGGUACCAGGGCAACCCCUACCUCGCCGCCGACGGAUGCCAGGACGUCGACGAGUGCGCGCUGCCCGGCACCUGCUCCGGCGGCGAGUGCACCAACACGGCCGGCGGACACAUAUGCCGGUGUCCGCGUGGUGCCCGCGGCAACCCCAAUGUCAAAGAUGGCUGCGUCAAAUCUUCCCUACCCCUAGGUUUGAGUGUCGGCAUAGGAAUGGGCAGCGGCGCAGGCCUUCUACUCAUGGUACUCGGUGCCGUCUUUUUGACCCGGAAGCUGAAGCAUCGGAGGGCAAAAAUGUUGAAGCAGAGGUUCUUCAAGCAAAACAGGGGAUACCUCUUGCACCAAUUGGUGUCACAGAACACGGACAUCGCCGAGAGGAUGAUCAUCCCCUUGGUGGAGCUGGAGAAGGCCACGAACAAUUUCGACAGAGCUCGUGAGAUCGGCGGGGGAGGACAUGGCACGGUGUACAAAGGGAUCAUGUCGGACCUGCACGUCGUGGCGAUCAAGAAGUCUAAGGUGGUGAUUCAGAAGGAGAUCGACGAGUUCAUCAACGAGGUAGCUAUCCUCUCGCAAAUCAACCAUCGGAACGUGGUGAAGCUCUUCGGGUGUUGCCUUGAGACGGAGGUGCCGUUGCUAGUGUACGAGUUCAUCUCCAAUGGGACUCUUUACAAUCAUCUCCAUACCGAAGAGCCCGAAUCAUCGCUGCCAUGGGUGGACCGGCUAAGAAUUGCAACAGAGACCGCGAGAGCUCUCGCAUACCUUCACUCGGCCGUGUCACUGCCCAUAGUCCACAGGGACAUUAAGUCUCAGAACAUUUUGAUUGAUGGCAACCUCAUAGCAAAGGUGUCGGAUUUUGGAGCUUCGAGGUGCAUUCCAAUCGAUCAAACUGGGAAUGCAACCGCCAUCCAAGGAACAUUCGGGUACCUAGACCCCAUGUACUAUUAUUCGGGGCGACUCACCAAGAAGAGUGACGUUUAUAGCUUUGGCGUUCUCCUCAUGGAGCUGCUCACGAGGAAGAAACCAUGCUCAUUCCGAUCGGAGGAGGAGGAAAGCCUUGUCGCAUAUUUUACCGCCCUGCGCGCGACAGGUGAUCUAAUCCGUGUGCUAGAUCAUCAGAUCGUCUCGGAAGGCGACAAGGAGGUUGAAGAGGUAGCUAUGCUGGCAGCAGCAUGCGUGAGGAUGGAAGGAGACCAUCGACCGACCAUGAGACAAGUCGAGAUGACACUCGAGAGCCUUCGAGUACCCCAUGAAAGUGUUAAGAUGUAUGAGAUGGCUGCACCUAGUUAUGGAGGCGUUGUGGGUAAGGGCACGAACGAGGUGAGCAGACAAUACAGCAUGGAAGAAGAGUAUUUGUUGUCAUCAAGAUACCCAAGGUAGUGAAUGUAUUUGUGUGAUUUCAAUUUAAUAAGUGCACUAAGGAUUUCUUCAUUGCAAUGCGCACAAGGAUCAAAUGGCUGGACCACGACAGUU